AUGCAGAAUGAGGCGCAGCAGCAGCAGCAGCAGCAGCAGGCGGCGGUGAAGGGUACAUUAAUAUUUACAGUACAUGCAGAAAGUGGAGUUGCUUGCAAGGACCAACAUGGACACUCUUAUGAAAGUGGCUAUCAUUAUAUCCCUGGACCUGAACCGUGUACCUUCUGCGUUUGUGAUAAUGGCAAUCCAAAGUGGUGUAAAGCGUUUAUCUGCAAGUUUCUCGAAGAGAAUUGCAAGUCUUUUCGACGUGGUAAUACCUGUUGCGAGUUCAUUUGCUUGGACGAAACCGCACUGUCACCGAUAUCUAAUGAUAAGAUCGACGAGACGGGGACUAACGUAAUAGAUGGCAACGCGAAUUAUGACAUAGGUCUACGAUCAGCCGCCAGUUUUGUGACAGCGAUAUUUUCAUUGAGUUUGUUAUUUUUUCUGAUACACCGUCUACGACAACGUAAAAUACAAGGUCGAGACAACAGACAACUUGGAGAGGACCAAAGAAACUUAGGUAACAUAGGAUAUUUGGAAGGAGCCCCUCACGGAGUUCCUAUGGACGACAUACCUUGCGGGACAGGUUACUCAUUAUGGAAACCACCUGGCAGCAAUUACUUUCCACGCGGCGAGGCACCUCCGCCCUAUGAAGAAGCGAUCGCGGCCGCGAGGGCGGAACAAGCGUUGCUGUCAAUGAAUCCGCACACGCUGCUCUCGAUGAAUUUUUCCGACAAUUACAUGCCGAAUGCGAACAAUCAUGCGAGCGUAGCGAUUGUUGCGGAUACACAGAACCACUUGCCCACGAACACGCUGGUGUCGUCCAAUGAUAAUAACAUACACACGCCCUUGACAUCUUCGUCAAGCAGACCGUUGUCUAGUCCCGGCGCGUAUGCUGGUUAUCGACCAAUAAGCCAGAGCAGCGCGACGUCCACCGUCGGUCUGAACACGAGCACGUCGACUACGAGUUUCACAAUGGGAACGAAUACAUACGAGAAUCUACCGGUCGCAUCAGUCGCUAUGACGAGUUUUAACGAUAGUCAACAUCCUGGAGUCAACACACUGUCUGGUACCAGCACGCAACCGCUGCUACCGAUAUCGCAUUCCACUAUACCUAAGAGCUAUCGUCAGCAUACGAUCUUUUCGCGUCAGAGCGGCGGCAGCGGCAAUGCUGGUGGUAGUGCAGCUAGUAGUAGUAGUAAUGGUGGCACUAUCGGUGGUGCGUUCACGAUAUCGGCGACUCUGUCGAAUUCAGAUGUAUCUUCCCAUCGCACGAUUCCGCGAACGUUGACCUGCGUUGCCAGUAGAGCGAAGGACGUCUUAACCGAUUGCUCGGCGAGGGACUACCUCCGUUUAUCACCGAGCAGUAUCGCGGCGUCCCAAAACCUGUCGCAUCCUGCACAGCUAUCCACGACUGCGGUCGCAGCUUCAAGCAAUUAUAAAAGUACCAAAGAUUCAGACACGUUUUAUACGGACACUCCUGUACCAUCAGCGUCCGGUCUAGCGCAAUCCGAAGCGUAUGCGGUAGAUACGGCAGACAUAUCCGAGAGAACUCAUGAUUAUACGCCUUCGCUAAGCGUAGCUAACGAGAUUAACGCGAGCGGCAGCUUCGAAUCGGUGACGUGUACCUGCAGCAUGCAAGCGUUACCAACCUUACAUGACGACACGGACGAUUAUCGGAGCGAGUGCGAGAAUUGCAAGAGCGCGACAGGUUCUCGUUAUUACCUGGAUAACGAGGAUGAGAUAGUUACAUCUCUCCACGAAACCAUGACAUUGCAUAGAAGGCCGGACGAAGCAGCAUCAAGUGCCACACCACAGUAUUAUAGAACUUCACUUACACUGCCGACAAGUACACGUCAGCGUACAAGGAUUACUGGAGCUCGUGAAAAUUGGUUCAACACCAUGCCAGAAAGUUCUAGCGGAUCUUCAGAUGAAAAUUAAGUAUUAUGAAAAAAAAAAUAGAGGAAAAUAUUCAAGUGCGCAAGUAAAGUUAUUAUACACGAACACACAAAUACACACACACACACACACACACACACACACACACACACACACACAUAUAGUAUCUAUACGUUAUAUAACUACUAAACAAAAGAAUUUUACCUAUACAGAGUGUCCCAGAAUUACUCUUACGUACUCUUUUCCUUUCGAAGGCUCAUAUUACAUAACGCGUUGAACAUUAAGAAUCGUGAAUUGGAAAUUAGAAAAUUAAAAAAAGAGGGCUAAUGAGAGUUGAAGCGUACUUCAACUCUCAUUAGUCCUUUAUUCCUCUUUUUUAAUCUUUGACAAUUUCGAGAGCAUCAUUUUUAUAUAUUAAUUUGGAAAUUAGAAAUUUAAUCAAAUACAACAAAAUGGAGUAAGCUUAUGGGCAAAGUUAGUUUCAUCAAAUUAGAUUUGUCUAAUCUUCAGUUUGCAAUCUUGAAUCUCCAAUAUACUCCAAUAUACUAAUAUAAACUUAGGAUUCUGCAAUGUCAAUGUAUCAAUAAUUUUUUGUAUUACGUUAAGAUGAACUUGAUGAAAAUAGUCUCAUUAUAUAUAAUAUUUAAGAAGAGUUCUUUAGAUUAUUGCAAAUCUACUAUUCAUUUGGUAUGGUGAUUGUCUUCCAAAAUUCUCAGCUUCUCCAAUACCUUCCAUAUAACAUUUGAGAGAAACUGCCAGUUUUUGGGACAUCCUCUAUAGCGUUUAUCAUAAUUAUUAUCAUAAUCGUCAUCAUUGUUGUCAUCAUUAGAUAGCGGAGAAGCGUGAAGUUUUACUACGAAAAAACAUGCGAAAGGAUGUAUCAACUAUACAAAGUAGCAAAAAA